UCAAAAGUACACGUGUCAUGACACGACACAAACAAAUCCAAAACUCAGAUAAGAAAACAAAACCUUAAUAAGGAAAAGGGAAAGUGAUGCAUCGUCAUGCAUGUUAAAUUUGAUUUUGAACAACCUUAAACAACAAUGGAUUUGAAUUUCUACCUUAAAUACUCAAAGUGGGUAUCAACAGUAGCAAGCAUAUGGAUUCAAUGCACAAGUGGAUCACUCUACACUUUCUCAAUCUACUCACAAACACUAAAGUCAACGCAGCAUUACGAUCAGUCAACGCUCGACAUAGUUUCUGUUUCCAAAGACAUUGGUGCAAACAUCGGUGUCUUGUCUGGUCUCAUAUACGAUUUUCUUGCCACGAGAACAAGAACUGGGCCGUGGGUUGUUCAUUUGUUUGGCUCGGCCCAAUGCUUCUUGGGCUAUUUUCUUAUGUGGGCUGCUGUCUCCGGUGUCCUGCCGCCGGUGCCGGUGCCGGUCAUGUGUCUGUUUAUGUUUGUGGCUGCUCAUGCUCAGAGUUACUUUAAUACUUCUAAUGUUGUUACUGGUGUUCGCAACUUUCCUAAUUAUGGUGGAACCAUUGUUGGUAUCUUGAAGGGAUUUCUAGGUCUAAGUGGAGCAAUAUUAAUUCAAGUGUAUCGAACUGUAUUCAACAACAACCCUAUGUCAUAUUUGCUGAUGCUAUCACUCUUACCACCUAUCAACACUUUGAUCCUUAUGUGGUUUGUAAGAAUUCACAACACUCGUCGUGAGGGAGAGUCAGAAAAGAAAUAUCUCAACAUAUUUUCUUUGAUGGCUCUAGUUAUUGCUGCAUAUCUUAUGAUUGUGAUAAUCCUAGAGAACAUCCUUACUCUACAAUUAUCAAUUCGCAUAUUUACAUUCAUUGUUCUUAUGGUGUUGCUAGCCUCACUUCUUUGCAUCGCAUUUAAAGCACACGAAAAGAACUCUUCCAAUAGCGCUUCAAAAAGUUUCCUUGCUGAAGGGUCCAACUUAAUUGCAAGAGAAGAUUCUUCCAACAACCUUUUACCAGCUGAUGAUACCAACAGCCAAAGGACUUUGCAACAAGGAGGAAACCUAAAUCUUUUCCAAGCAGUGAAAACAUUGAACUUUUGGAUUCUGUUUGUUUCUAUGGCAUGUGGAAUGGGAUCAGGGCUGGCAACGGUUAAUAAUAUGAGCCAAAUAGGGGAAUCCCUUGGCUAUUCAACUCUUGAGACAGGUUCUUUGGUUGCUUUGUGGAGCAUAUGGAAUUUUCUUGGCCGUUUUGGAGCUGGUUAUGUCUCGGACUAUUUUUUACACACAAGAGGAUGGGCAAGACCUUUUUUUAUGGUGAUCACUUUGAUGACCAUGAGCAUUGGUCAUGUAGUGAUUGCUUAUGGACUUCCAGGCGCUCUAUAUGUCGGUUCGAUAUUAGUCGGUAUUUGUUAUGGUUCUCAGUGGUCCUUAAUGCCUACAAUCACGUCUGAGAUAUUUGGUGUGGGACAUAUGGGUAGCAUUUUCAACACCAUUACUAUAGCAAGUCCAGUGGGAUCAUAUAUAUUCUCUGUAAGAGUACUUGGUUAUAUAUAUGAUAAAGAAGCAUCAGGCACAGAAGGAAAUAAAUGUGCUGGGACUCAUUGUUUUAAGUUUUCUUUUCUCAUUAUGGCAUCUGCUGCUAUUCUUGGUUCUCUGACAGCUUUGUGUUUGUUUUUGCGGACUAGACACUUUUAUGGUCAGGUUGUUCUUAGAAGAAUUCAAAAUGUUAUGUGAUGAAAUUAAAAGUAAUUUUUUCUCUUUACGGAGUACUGAGCUUGUUGAGGUUGAGAAACUUAACAGUUUGUAUGUGCUUCCUUCACUUUGUGUGUGUGGGCAUGCAUAUUUGUGUAACUCACCACCUAUGUAGCAAUGACACAAAUAUGGACAUCAAACAUGAUGCUGACAUCGACACAUCAGUACCGGUAUUAAUUUGGGAAAAUGGAAUAAGUGAAGGUAACAACAUGUGUUGGUGCUACAUAGAACUCACUCUCUUUGAUUUUCUAUAUACUACAGUUUGUUGUGGUCUUGUGGAUCAUCCUCAUAAGUGUCAUGUACAUGUGAUCAAUAUGCUGCAUACAGGUUAGAUUUGAAAUUAAGGUUUGAGUGUUUAUUUCUUGCAGUAAUCUUCCUGCACUUCACGUUAUCCUUGUUUUUUGUAACUCCUGUUAGAGGGUUGUUGGGGAGUUUGGGGGAGUGCCGACAGCAACAACAGGCUAAAGAUAUGGACCGCCAGAGAUCUGGAUACCACAUCUCCACCCCGGAGAUUCAGGAUUUGAUGUCAAGGUUUCUUAGGAUGCUAGUCAUUUUCCCUUUGUUGCUUCCGGUGCUCCCUCGGACUCUCCAUCAAGAGUAUGACUACCUGAGGUUGUGUCUAUUCUAUUCUAUAUAGAUAUGAUCAACGUUACGCAGCUGUUUAGAUCACUAUUUAACAUGAUAUGUGUCCAUUCCAAGACUUGUUACAUGUUAUGGCCAAAUGAGAAGAUUAGUACAUGGAGUGAGGAAAUUUUAGGAUCUAAACCUUGGUUCCUCUCAUGACAAAUGGAUCAACAACAUAUGCAGAGGAACAAAGCUGUGGCAAUGCACUUCUGUUUGAGCUAAGUUUCCUAGUCUGAUCCUUAUAAAAUGAAAAGAACACAAAUUGUCGAUUAUAUUUCGAGACUCAGUUUAUAAUAGCAGGACUACUAGUAGUUGUAGAUUUGUUUUCCUACUUGUGUUUAAGGCCUUGCUAUGCGCGGGGGCACAUGUAUUUUUAUGCUUGUAUAUAAAGGAAUUUAUUUUGGUAUAUUGCACAUCAACCACUUGUUCUAGACCCUUGUGUAAGGGCAAAAACAUAUCUAUUAUAAAUGAUUCCACAUUUAUUAAGGUUACAUCGCAUCACAUUCACAGGGCAAGCAUGUCUAUUAUCAAAGAUUUUACAACAUUUAUAAAGUUCUGUCACAUCACACCAGACAGCUUAUUUUUACUGCAACAACGCCAGACUAAAUCUUAAGUAAAAUAAUCUACGAAAAUUAGCAUGGGGAGAAUCUAACAUGAGGACAGCACACUUUAAGGUCUCAAAUCAAAACACGAGACCAACACAAGUAGGUUGCCACUAGAAAUGUUAAGGUUGAUGGGCAAUAUUAGGUGGUAGCAGUAGUGUUGGAAUUAAUAUAUAAAAUUAAUUCCAACACUCUUCAGCACAAGUUUUCAUGUUUAAGUUUUUCUUUUUUCUAAGUAAAAUAGUGAUUAGAAAUUGGGCUUUUAAAAUAAAUAUGUUUAGUUUUGUUUACACCGGUGGAAUGAGAUUCUUUUU